AAAAAAAAAAAUUGCUGACCCAAAUCAAGAACUCCCCCCUCCUGAAAAACCCAGAAACAACCCUGAUAUCCAAUGGUCCAAAUUCCACAAAAAUCCCCUAUUCCCAUGUCUCUCUUUGUCAAACAAGUCCUCCUUUUUUCCCUUCUCCCAAUUUCCCUUUUUUGUUUCCUCCUUCCACUUCAUCACUUCCAUAGCCACACUCCCCAUUUUCCUCACAACCCCACUUUCUCAAACUCCAUUUCAACCCCACCAAGAAUAUCUUACUUCAUUACUGGCACUAAAAAUGAUGGACCAAGAAUCUUUAGGUUACUUCAAGCAAUAUACCAUCCAAGAAACUACUAUUUACUUCAUCUUGAUCAGUUUGCUUCAACCAAACAAAGACUAAACCUUGCUUUACAAGUAAGUUCUGUUGAUGUGUUUGUUGCAGCUGAUAAUGUGAAUGUUAUUGAGAAAGCUGAUGCUGUUAAUGAACAAGGGUCUUCUCCUUUGAGUUUAGUGCUUCAUGGUGUUGCUGUUUUGUUGAAGUGGAAGAACGAUUGGGAUUGGUUUGUGAAUCUUGAUGCAUCUGAUUAUCCACUCAUUAAACAAGAUGAUUUUCUCCAUAUCCUGUCUUUUGUUCCGAGGAAUUUGAAUUUCAUAGAAUAUAAUAAGAACGUCAGCCCAGACGAAUAUCGAAAAGCUGAGGAAGUUAUCGUUGACUCUCGACUCUACAUUAACUUAAAAGGAAAGAUGUUUGUGGGUGACGGAAAACGGGCACAUCCUACUGCUUUUAAAUUUUUUAUGGGUUCUCAACAUGUAAUUCUAAACAGGAAGUUUGUCGAGUACUUGAUCCAUGGAUGGGAAAAUUUGCCAAGACUGCUCCUGCUAUACUUCACGAACACUAGAUCGUCUCAUAAAGGUUACUUUCAGACUCUCGCUUGCAAUACUAAGGAGUUUUCGGAUGCUGUCAUUAACUCCAACUUGCGGUUCACUAACUCAGACAAUUCUGAUAGAAUACUUAAAAGGGAGGUUGCAUUUGUUGGAAACAUAUCAGAAGAUUCUCCAUUAUUGGAUAUGAUUGAUGCACACAUUCUUCACCGGGGUCGUGGUAUGGUCUCACCAGGAGGGUGGUGUUUAGGUAGCUCAAAUUGGUUCGGUGAUCCUUGCGGUGAAUGGGGCGAUCCCAGUGUCCUAAGACCGGGGCCCACUGCACAAGGACUUGAAAAGCUCCUCAUGAAAUCGAUCAAAGACAUGUCAAUCAGGUCGAGCAGAUGUGACCAUCAAUGACCACUUAUGGCUCCUGCUAACUCCCGCUCUUCUUUCUUUUCCUCUUACAUGAGUUAGAGGAUUUUGCUAUUUUGUCAAGUUGUAACAUAUAGGGCAUUGCUGUGGAGUGAUAAUUAUUGGAAAUAUGUGCUUCUGUAUGUUUUUUCUAUCUGCCUAAGCCUUGGGGAGCAAAGUCACUUGGUACCGAUGCUAUUGGGAGGCGGCAGAUACCCUUUGGAAUAGUCGAGGUGCGCGCAAGCCGUCUCGAACACCACAUUCAUCAAAAAAAAAAAAAAAGAACUAGGUAAUUUUUCUCAGGUACUUGUACUGCAGUUGGUACCCAAUGGAACAGUUCAGGGGCGCUCAAGCCUCUUAUAGAAAAAAAUGUGUGCUAGUGUUGUGCAUGUAAUUUAUUUUCACCCAGAAAUGUGUUGAAUACCGCGAAUCGAACGAUUCAAGAAUCCAUGUACUAAAAUUAUUCCUGCUGUUAAAGUUAAUAUUAUGUAUGUUAGAAGAAACAAUUUGCUUCUGAAA